AAGAGCGGCGCUUCUGCGAGAGUUUCAACAGAGCAGCGACGAUCCCCGCGCGACAGGUUUGAGGACACCGGAUAUUUAUUCACCUGUGGGACGGUUUUACCUGGUCGCAUGACGCCGCGUCACAGUUUCGGAGGACUUGAGCUAUCAAUUCAAUUCAGAAGAGAAUUCUGACUCUAGAUUGUAAACCAACUCUGAAGGAAGGCGCUGAAUACAGCGACGCACUUACCAUAUUAAGUUUCUGCGCUCGUUCAUUAAAGGAAACCAGAGGAACCACACAGCAGUUUUUAUCUCCAUCUGACUAACCUUUUUUUUUCUUAUUUUUGCGACUCUGAGCUGACUGAGUUUAACAAGCGAAAAAAAGGACAAAUUAUUAUAGGUGGACUGUCCACCCUUCCUUCCGAUGAAGAUGUCAGGGCUGUUUAGCGCACUCAUUCUCCUAAUUAUUCAAGGAGCGUUGGCUCAGCGCGUGAAGGUGGAGCCAGAAGUCGUGUCAUAUCCUGGUCAGACAGUGACACUGCGUUGCCAGUUUCCAAACCCAGGCGAAACCCAGCUCACUCAGGUGUCAUGGAUCUUUGAACGGACUGACAUGGAGCGAACCAACAUUGCGGUUUUCCAUCCAGGCUUUGGUGUAAAUUACCCAACAACAUCCCCUCUAGUAGGACGUGUCAGCUUUAUAUCAGUUCCACCCUCUUUGGACAACCCAUCCAUUCAGAUCAAAGAUGUGAAGAUGACCGAUGAGGGCCGAUAUAUCUGUGAAUAUGCCACCUACCCAUCUGGCAACGAACAGGGCGUCUCUUCUCUGGUCAUGCUGGCUAAACCAAUGAACACCGCUACAACUGUCAAAGUUACUGCCGGCAAAACCCCAGUCAUCGUGGCAAGCUGUGAAUCAUCCAAUGGCCGUCCAGCAGCGACCAUUUCUUGGUCCACAGCACUUAACGGAAACGUGACGACGCCGAGAACAACAAAUAAUCCGAACAAUACGGUCAGCGUCCAGAGCUCCUACAUGCUGGCUCCGCAACCGUCGGAUAAUGGCAAAGACAUCAGCUGCGUGGUGUCACACCGCACCAUGUCCCAGCCCGAGAUCUUCCCGAUGAAACUUAAUGUUGAAUAUCCUCCCCAGGUGCAGAUCAAAGGUUAUGAUGAUAACUGGUACAAGGGUCGGACAAAUGCAUUUUUGAUCUGUCAGGCAGAUGGAAACCCUGCCCCGACCACCUUCACCUGGAAAACUUUGUCUGGUCUGAUGCCUGAAACGGUGCAGGUGCAGGAAAACCGUCUCGCUGUGCAGAAAGUGGAUGACACCAUCAACACCACCUUCAUCUGUGAGGUCAGAAACAGUUUGGGAUCCGGCAGAGAUCAGGUCGCCGUCUUCGUGAGGGAACAACCACCUCCCCCCUCAAACACGGGGGUGAUUGCAGGCGUGAUCUUCGCGUGUAUUCUGGCCGUCAUACUGUUAGGUGUCCUCAUCUACUUCCUGGUAUUCCAUAAUCGGCGCCAACAGCAUGGUUACCGUGGCACCGGUAAGCCAGCCGGUGCUCCCUACGACUCCUUCACCCGCCUCUUUGGAUCUGCCAAAUCGGGCAAAAAUGGCGCUGGAAACAACGGAAACAACAACACGCCCAUUUACAGAGGAGAGGUGGGGCUUAACGAGAAAACUCCCAAUCAGGGCAUGCACCUGGGGGGCGUGGCUUUGCUCGAGACCACACACACUCACACAGCGGAGGAUAUCCUGCUUAGUAGAGAGAUGGACGAGGUAGAAAGGAAGAAAUUCGAUGAAUUGGAAGAAGAAGAUGAGCGAUAUGAUCAUUUCGGUGGGGGCGGACCCAUCCUACAGCUCCGCCCACAUGAAGUUGACCUAGAUGAUGACAUGGAGUCCCAGAGGGACGGCUCUGUGAUUUCUCGGACUGCAGUCUAUGUGUAAAAGAAAAGCAGAAAGAGGUUCUAGGAGGGUGUUCGUUGGCAUCUUCCGGAAGGAUUGAAAUUCUUCCUCUUAACGAAUAUUCAUUUUAUUGUAAAAACAAAUUAUGGCAUCAAAUACCAUGAGAGAAGGAUUAAUGGAUGGAUUGAGUUAAUGAAUGGAUGAAUGAAUAUGCUGGGUAUAGCACAGAUUAAAACAUUGAAGGAUCAGAUGAAGUAAAUGGACACACUAAAUACAGAACUGUCAGGCUUCCAUUUCUAAUUAUUGCUCUUGUUGUCAUGGUGACACAUUCUGAGUAACGCAAAACUGCAGAUGUUGACACCGAGUGAUACAUAUAUAUAUAUAUAUGACAUGCACACACAUGAAGUUAUAUAUGUAAAUCCACUGUGCUGUUGUGUUAUAGUUUUAACUUGUUCUUAUUUUCUAUUGGUCAUGGUUUCACACUUAAACCGGUUUCAAUCUUGAUUCACUCACUUGAGUUUGGGUAGAGUACACCCUACAUCUCUAUGGAAGCCGUCCUUGCAUAUUGUGUAGAUUUUGAAGAGUCAAAUCUGCCCAGUGCUUUUGAUCUGAUAUACACUCAGUCAUGUCUAAUAUUAAUAACUGUAAUUUCAUCCUCACGCGCUCAUCCGUCUCGAGAUGACGUGCACAGUUCACUCAUUAUAUGGCAAUCAGUAUCUCAAUCCUGUGACAUGACUCGCCAGUGAAUCAUUUGGUUCUUCGGGGCUAAUCAAAUCAAAUCAAACAUUAAUAAAUGGUUUGUUUGUUCUCACCCACAAUCCAUUUAGUCAAGAAAAGAUGAGUUCAAGACAGCGCUUUUUAUAGUUUUCCUUGUACAAUUUCCUUAUGCAUUCAGUUGUAAAAAAGUGUAGCUGAGCGGUGUAGCAAUAAAAACAGCAAGUCAGGGUUACAUCCUUCUUCACAGUGAACUUUAAACCCUGACAGAAAGGAAGAAUUCGACUAAAUGUAACAUGUUACAGUUAAUCUUAAAGGGAUUGUGUGCCACAAAUGUAACACUUUACAAUAUUGUUCAGUUUGUUAAUACUGGUUUUAGUUAUCAUGAACCAACAAUACUUUUUACAGCAUUUAUUAAUCUUAAGUUCAUGUUAAUUUAUAAAUAUAAUAUCAUUCAAUAUUAAUGUUUGUACAUAAUUCACUCACUUAUGUUGAUUUAUUUAAAAAUGUCAAAAUUGGCAUUAUUAACCGACAUUAAUAAAUGCUGUGGAUAUAUUGUUAAAAGUCAGUAGAUGAUGAUACCUAAUGCAUUAACUAUUGCUAAUGAGUCAUCAACAAAUCUAUAUUUCUAACCAUAACCCAAGUCCAGGGUUACCAUGGCCACACAGCUAAAUAUACACCACAGUUUGCAUCGCAUACUGUUAUUUCCUUGUUUUAUUAUCGUUCCUCUCAGCCGGUGAGAUAUACUGCCUUGUCUAAUGGGAAAUAAAAUGAAGAAGCUGAGUGAAAGAUUGUGCGUAUUGUUCGAUGUGAGGUGAUUGUAAACUACUGUAUGUACACAUUUUAUUUUUCUUAAAAAUGAAAAAAUCUAUACUUCUAAAUGUUGUAAAUAUGGAGACGGAGCGAGGUGAAUAUCCAGGUCGAAUGUUGCGCAUGUCAACCACGGCUCAGUGCGUACAGUACUAUAUAUAUGAGAGCACAUAUUACAUAUAUUUACAUCUGUGAUCUAGAAUCAAAACACAUUCACAUGGGGAAGCUUUCUAUGGGGUGUAUUUAGAGUGUGUGUGUGUGUGUGUGAGAGUGAGUCAGCAUGUUAAGUGGUGUCUGACUCGAGGGCAGUGAGUUAUUCCUCUAGUCUCUCAGGGUCUCACACACAAACACAGUGUGAUUUAAACUGGACCUCACACACACACACACACGUAUUCUUUCUCCCUCUAAAUCAUCCGUCAAACCAACUGCCCUUGAGUCUAUAAGUGUCCCUGUCUGUUCUGAGGGCAUAGUGGGUACCGUAUAGUUGUUUUCCCAGGGCUUCCGUCUUGAUUCAGUGACCCUAUUAGUGCCAGGUCUGGAUCAAUGCUACUGAAAGAUGUUUUUCUCACCUCUGAAAGGGUGGUCAGUCGGACACGGGCCGCUCCGAUCCGUCUGGCACCGAAUAGGCCAUGGCUUCGACGCGGCCUAGUUUACAUCCUGAUUGAAAGGUCAGACUGCGAUCAGUGAAUGUGUGAGUAGAGGAAGUGAAUUCGUCACUCGUGCUCUGAGAGGCAGAACGCUUUAUCUCCUCAUUAGAGGAGAACGCACUGACCUUCUAGCUCAACGUCUCCUCCAGGAAUUCUGUAAUGAAGUAACGGAUGCCUUGAGAAUAUUAAGGAAGUAUCCUCUGCUUUGGGAGAUGGUUUAAGUAGUGGAGUUGUGAAUAUGGGAUGUUGCGGUCUCCUCGAUGCCGUCGUAUCUUGUUGUCUGGUCCACAGUCCUGGUAAACACAUACAUACGCACAUUUAAAAGCCUUAAUGUCACUGUCACAAACCAUCCCUCCUGUGUAUAUACUAGAAAUAUAUAAACAUGAUAUUCAUAAUGCUAAACAGUGAUGCCACAUCCUUGUGUAUCGUACUUCACUGUUGUGAGCAUGGAUACAACUUUUUUUUUUUUUUGAGUUAAUAAUGCUUUAUAAUGAGGUUCAAUUUGUUAGCAUUUUUAAUGCAUUAGGUUUACAGCAUUUAUGAAUCUGUUAAUUUAUAAAUCUUGGCUACUGAUUGUUCGUAAUACAUUGGGUAAUGUUAAUUCAUUCGACUUAAAAUGUUAAAAAUACAUUCAUAAAUGCAGAAAUUAACAUUAACCUAAAUUAAUAAAUGCUUUAAAAAUGUUUUUGUUUCUUAAUGCGUUAAUGUUAGCAUAUUGAACUAUAUUGUAAAAUGUUAAUGCAUUUUAUAUCAGUUGAUUUUCGUUUGUUUUUUUAAACGAUCUGUGCUUUAAUUGUUUUUAUUCAGAGUGAUUUAUUGAUGCCUGUAAUGUGUUUGUGCUGUAAACUGUUGAGCGGUGCUCUCAAACUCUCAUGGACACAGAAAACAACACAUCUAUGCUACUAAAUGCUUUACCUCCUUGCGUUGCUUUUAGGUUUUAUUUUGGUUGCCUGAAUGUUUUCACAGUCUUUGUAAUAUUGUCUUUUUUUAUUUGGUUGCUUAUUAAAGUCUUAAAAACA